AUGGAGGACUGGGAUAAUUUCCAGCAACAAAUGGAUCUAGACAUUCCAGACAACCUGGAUCUCAACGAGAUCUAUGCUUUGAACGAGGAAAAGCUAUUGAACAUAAUGGAUGAAAAUUUUCUGAGUCAGCUAAGUUGGGAUGAAAGCAACAACAACAACAACAACAAUAAUAGUAAUAAUAAUGCUAAUCAUAGUCAAGUGUCGGAUAUUUCGUCAGCCAGCAAUUCAAGCUUCUCGCCUGCUGAUGAAAUGAUUAAUUCCCCUCGCGAAAUUAAACGAAGAAAGCAUGAAGCAAUUGAGCCGGUUUCAAUUCCGCAGCAAAUCGUUCGAACACAAACUGCAAAAGUGUCACAAUAUCAACCGAUUAAGCCAGCAACUUCUCAGACAAUUAAGCGAGAAGCGCCUAGCAUUCAGAUUAAACAAAAUGUUCAGAAAAUACAGCCAAAUUCAGCAACACUUUCAGCAUUGGUUCAAAAUCGAUCAAAUAUAAUCACGACAUCACCAAUAAUUCUUCAGAAUUCAAAUAUUUAUAGUUUAAAAACCAUUGCACCAUCAAAUCAAACCAUUAUUACAACUAAUGUUGUGCAAUCACAGAAACAUAAAACUGUUCCAUCAAUUCAACCAGCACCGACGUCUCUUCCUGUCAUGCAACUUAUACAAACUUCUGGAGAUAAACAACCUGUUAUAUUACAAGCAAAUCAAACAGUAAUGUAUACCACGACAGCAAAUGAUGGACAAAAUAUUCAGCUUGUCAAUGCACCAGGUGCUAUAUUAACUACAGUUCCUUUAGUACUUGAUAAUGAGACGAAAUUUUCGAUCGGAACAAGUCCACAACCAAAAGUAAAAGAAGUCAAAAGAUCUGCUCAUAAUGCCAUUGAAAGACGCUACAGAACAUCUAUUAAUUCAUGCAUUGUGGAAUUAAAAAAUAUGGUUGUUGGAGUUGAAGCAAAAUUGCAUAAAUCAGCGAUUUUAAGAAAAGCAAUUGAUCACAUUCGUUACUUGCAAAAUCAAAAUAAUAAGUUGAAGCAAGAAAAUAUGUACCUAAAGAAUAUCAUGACUGAAAGUAAGCAUGGCCUUAAAGAUCUUUUAAUUACACAGCAAAAUGCAAAUGCAAUGACACCACCAAGAAGCGACGAAAGUAAUCCGUCAUUAUCUCCAACACAUUCCGAUUCUUCUAUGCCUUCAUCACCGUUUGAUGAAAUGAAAGAUGAGUCUGAUGAAGGAAGUGACAUUAUUACACCCGUUCGCGGAAUGACAUCACAUUCUAGACUUACGUUGUGUAUGUUUAUGCUUGCUGUAUUCAUCGUAAAUCCUUUAUCGAAUUUAAUCAAGGUUGGCAGCAACAAUGAAAAGUCAUCAUACAGCAUGGAUUCAACUGGACGAAGAAACAUUUUAGGAACUGAGGACGAUAUUACGGCAUCAAUUCAAAAUAUUUCAUCAAUGUUUCUUAUCUGGGCGUUUAACAUCUUAUUUAUUCUUGGUUGUCUAAUUAAAAUGCUCGUCUAUGGAGAUCCAAUUCUGAAGCAUCAAUCUAAUGAGAGCAUCAAAUACUGGAAACACAAGAAACAGUCAGACUUGGAAUUUGAACGAGGUAAUGCAAGUGAAUCGUAUGCAGAGUUGAUUAGAUGUCUUCAGAAUUAUGAAUUAUCGUUACCAACAACACGACUCGAAAGAUUCUCCACAACAACAUGGCAAUUUAUACGAAUGAUUUUACAUAAUUUAUGGAUUGGUCGUUUUCUAUCUCGUCGCAAUGGAGGACUUUUUAAAUUGGAAGCAAAACGAAGUGAAGCACUAAGUUCAGCUAAGGAAUUGUCAUUAGUUUUUCACCGUCUUAAUCAAUUAAAUUUAUCGUCAAACAUGAAAGAUUCAAAUGGAGUAAUGCAGUCUCUUUAUGCUGUAAAUAUGGCCGAAUCUGCUGGAAAUUUAAUGGAACCAGAAUUGUUGCUCGAAAUUUAUCUUGUUGCUGCUUUACGCAUUAAACGAAGCUAUCCAAAAAUAUUACAAUUUUUAUGUCGCUAUUAUUUGAGUAAAGCAAAGCAAGCAAGCUUGAAAUGCAGUCAUAUACCAACAAAAUAUCAAUGGGCAUUCACCAUGUAUGGUUACAAGUUUUUGAUCAAUCAUCGAUUCCGAUAUGAAAGCCAAUCAUCGAAUAAUACAAUAUUCAGUAAAUUGGGUAAUAAAGCAGAUCCACUGGCAUAUGCAUUGAAAGAAUAUCGUGAACAUUUAUUGGAAAAAGCUAUUCAUUGUUUGGUCGGUUCAGGAACUCGAAACAAAAAUGAAGUAUCUAAGGAAUCUACAGUCAAAAAACGCAAUAAGAAGGAAGUCAAACAAUCUUCUGAAACAUCGGAAGCAAGUCCUAGUUCCUCUGCUGAUGAAGGAACAGAAAAUGAAAAUGAUAGAUUUAUUAAAGGCACACAAAUUAGUGAUGUACUGAGCUACACAAAGCUAGUUUUGCAUAGCAUGGCUGCUGAUAAGCCAAUUCAAUUUGAUGAUAAAAUAUCAUUGAGAGAUGGACAAGUAGGAACUGAAGAUAAAUUGGCAGUUUGGUGGGCGAGUAUUUUGAGUGUUGCUGCUAAUUGGCUACUUGGAGAGGAUUCAACUGCUGAAAAAUUCUAUGCAACUAUUGAAAAAUGGCCUUCUGACUUCUCUGAUGUUGAAAGCAACUUACCAAAAGCAUUAUUUGGUGCCUAUAAUGCUCGAAAAGGACUAAUGCAACAAUCAAUGCCGGUUGAUAUCAAGCAAAUAUAUCGCGAUUGUAAUGCAGCAAGUCAUUAUCUGAAGGAAGCUCUUACAACAAAACCAAGAAAAGGACCAUUAAGAGGAAAAUUCUUGUAUGCUGAAUUGCUUGCUAUCGACUGGAUAAUGGAGACACGCUUAUCACUUUGGGAGCUUGAGUAUGGAAACUUUGACAGCGACGAUUAUUAUAGCUUCGUUCCUGUUGACUCGGCAAUUAUGUCGAAAUUUCAAGAUGACCUCAAUUUGCUACGUUGCCUUACUGCUGAAAUACCUAAUGCACAAUCGCGUAUAUUCUUGUAUGAAGCAGUUUUGCGAUUCAUGUCUGGUGCAAAUACAAUUAAAACACAAUUCUUAUUGGAUAGAAGUUUGCGUCAGAGAAACAACAAGCAAAGCAUAAUUUGUGGAUCAAAAGAUCGACACUUUGAAGGAGAUUCAAAGCUCAAAGCGUCGGCAUUGACAUUAGCUGUGAAGCAUUUACCACAAGCAUGUUUUGGAUUGCCCGGUGAAAGAACUGGAUUGUUGGAGGAAGCUGUAAGACUUAAUGAACGUUUUGGAGAUAAAAAGAAGCUGAAGGAGUGUUAUCAGCUCAUGAGAGCUUUAGGAAAUACAUCUGUAUCAAACUAA